CAUUACAGUUUUUGUACUAACACAAGUCAGUCGCUCAAAAUUUUGUUUCCUUACAAAAAAUUCACCGUGUUAUUGCUCUAAUAAUUAUAAAAUAUUUUGAAAAAUUUAACAAUGUGUAAAUCGUGUGAGGAACAACCAGUUCGGUGCUGCUCAAUUUUCUAUGCCGCUUUCUGCAUUUCAUGCGGUCUCUUCAUGCUCAUUUUUUCGAUUCACAAUGUAAUACUUUUGAAAAGCUCUAUUACAGUCGUGGAUUUUUAUUUGCAUAUGCAUGGUGCUGACAUGUCUCCCUCAACUUUCCGCAUCCUUUACUCGAUGGAUGUGAUUUUUGCCCUUUCGUACGUCAUUGCUGGAACUUUACUAGCUGUUGGAAUCCACCUGAACUCAAAGGGGGUCUUCUUCGCUGGCAAGAUCAUAAGCUAUUUCUUUCCAAUAUAUAACAUCCUUUAUGUAUUUCCUUUAAUUGUGCACAUUGCCGCCACAGUGAAAUUAUGCAGAUAUCUUAAAGAGAACUUUAAUUAAAUUAAUUGGAUCUAAGCAAGAGCAGUGGACUGGAAGGGAUUAAAAUUGACAGCAGGAUUAUUGAAAUAUAUUAUAAAAUUUUGGAAAAGAUUUAAGCUAUUGCUUGCCGUACAGUUACACUAUUUGUUUAAAUAUUCCUUGUACUGCUACUCGAUUUUGUGGUGAAAUUAUUCAGUAAGAAAGAACUUUAAUAACGGGGCAGAUUCGACAUUCACUGUGCACAAAACAAGGCUAAUACUUCUUUUAUACCAUUUUGAAAGAGUCCGCACAAAAAUUAAGAACACAGCAUAUAUACGCGGUAAAAUUAUGCUGCAUGGAAAAGGAAUACGUGUCGUGAUCUACAUUGAGUGCUCUAUAAAUCUUAAUAAAUAUUUUUAUUGGUCUUAGAAAAGAAAUAUCAUAUUGUCUGCAAUAUGUUUACAUCAUUUGUACUUUGUAAAACCUAGUCAGCAGUAUAUGGAAAACGUGGAAAUUCGAAGUGACUACGAAACGAAUGGACUAAAAUUUGCAAUGCAAUUCGAAAUUUAUCAGCAAACAAAUUUAAAACACUUGUCCCGUAUCAAGUGAAAUAUAAAUUAUCCUAAUAUAAAUAAAAGGGUUUCCUAGCCGUGUUAUGAAACGAG